CGAAAAACCGGGCAGUAAUAGUCAGACAACGAAUUGCCAGCACACGACACAGAUCAAAAACUCUCGCCCUAGAAUGCCUGCUUAAUAUUCAGCGCAAGAGGUCAAGUUGUUAAAGCCGCCGCCAGUGUCACUUUGACUUUCCAGAAAGGUUCGAGGCAGCCAAUCACCAAGUGACUGCCAGCUGGGGACGGUCCCUGCCCCGAAUCACUUCACUUGUCUGACCAUCCUCAUCUGACGAGCGAAGGAAACGAUCAAUGAAACUUGCCAACAAAAGGGUCCAGCAACCACCAGUCCUUAGUUGAUUGUCGAGUUUCACUAUUAAAAUCAAGAUUGUAUUUAUGACCUGGUUUCUCUGAUGGCUGAACGAGCCGAAGACGCAGACGAUAUCCCUCAACCCGAGUCUGCCCCGCCAACCACGGACCAACAACAACAGCAACAACAUGACUCUCCCCCACCCAAAGCGCCCGCCAAGCGCAAUGCGUUUGAGGAACUCAUGGCGCCAAAACCCAAAGCUCCCAUCUCGCAAGCCCCGCAAUUCCUCGCCCACAAAGCGUCCCAGGUCAUCCGCGGCGUCUGGCGAGGCGCCCUGAUCGAGUACAUCGAGCACCCGGAGCGCUUCCCGGACAAGGUCCUGCGCGUGACGGCGGACACGGUGCUCAUCAAGGACGCCUUCCCCAAGGCCACCGUCCACCUGCUCCUGCUCCCGCGCUCCCCGGCACACUACCUCGUGCACCCGCACGAUGCCUUCGCCGACCCGGCCUUCCUCGCCAUGAUGCGCGGCGAGGCCGCGGUGGCCGCCGAGCUCGCCGCCGCCGAGCUGGCGCGGAGGCUGGGGUCCUUUUCGGCCAGCAACCGCGCCCGCGACGAGGCCAUGAGCCGCGGCGUGGGCCCCGACCAGCUGCCGCCCGGCCGGGACUACAGCCGCGACAUCCGCGUCGGCACGCACGCGCACCCGUCCAUGGCGCACCUGCACGUGCACGUCAUCUCGAGGGACAUGCGCUCGGAGAAGCUGAAGCACCGGAAGCACUACAACAGCUUCAAUACGCCCUUCUUUGUGCCGCUGGAGGACCAUCCGCUCGCCCAAGACGACGUGCGGAGGCAGACGGGGUAUCAGAACGGGAACCUGGCCAAGGAUUUAGUAUGCUGGAGGUGCGGGAAGGGGUUUGGUAACCGGUUCGCCGAGUUAAAGAGGCAUUUGGAGGACGAGUUUGAAAAGUGGAGGGCAGAGUAGAAAUUUGGGAAAAAAAAAGGGAAGGGCGGUUGGUUUGUUUACGGAUUACACUAGUUUGAUCAAAGGCUGAUCUUGAUUUCCUGAAACUCGACCAGAGAGUGUUUCAACUUCCAUUUUAAGAAGAACAUAGGAUUCAUGGCAUAUAAGCUAAGUGUUGACCCCCAAGUUCUUCAAUUUCAAUCAUAAUUUUUU